GGCAACCACCACAAUAUUCCCCACCUCCAGAGUCUGAACAGCUAUAUCCCAGGCACCAACCACAUCUGUGACUCCUGCAGAAUGGAGCCCAUCUAGGGCGACAGCAGCCUAAUUACAUCAGCUACUGACACUACUUGAAAUACACUUUGUCGCUUUACAAUUGCUCAACCGUAGUCUCAACGUAUAGAAAUGCAUCAAACCCAACUAUGUCUACCAACACGAACACACCACGCUCCUCAUUCCCACCCAUCAUCGCCCAAUUUUCCGGCAACGACCUCGUAGUCGGAGCUGGUGUUGCGAUAUUUCAUAUUGCGACGGGCAGAGUUGUGAUAUGCAGCGCAGAAGAUCGUCGUGGAACGACGUACUACUUUCUACCCAAGGGUAGACGGGAUUCGGGUGAAGAGAGCGGCAGGGGGGCAGAGAGAGAAGGCUAUGAAGAAUCAGGCUAUCGUAACCGCCUUCUUCCUCUACCUACGAAGCACCGUCAACCGGAAGCACACCCACGCGUCUCCACACCCAUGCUUACCGCAGAGCCAGUAUGGAUGCAGCUCAUGCCGAUGGGAUCGAUACAAUAUGUUCUAUACUGGUAUAUUGCCGAAACACUUCCUCCGGGUCUUGAAAAAGAUCUGGAGACCGAAGCCGGCGCGGCGUACAAGCCUCCUCCGCCGUACCCUCGGAAUUUAAGUCUCCGUGACAGAGUCGCGAUGGAACCUGAGGGGUAUGAGCCUCUGCAUCAUGAGGGCACAGGUGUCGACGCAGAAGAACAGACGUACAAGUCCGAGCUUGUGUCGGUUGAAGAGGCCGUGAAAAGACUGGGCAGGAGAGGGGUUUCAGCUGAUGUGGUACUAAGGGGUUGGAAGGGCAUACAAGAUCGCUAUGCGAUGGAAGAUGCUGCGACAAGUGAGAGUCCUGAGGCCACAGGCUGACAGGGGGCGUGAUGACCAUCACAACCUAUCUGACGAUGUGAGCUUAUCUUGGAGGCUCAAUGUAGACAAACCUAAAACCUCGAGAAACUGAAUCACUACUGGCUCAGCAAUGCAGACUGGGCUU